AUGGACACCGACAACAAUCCUGCUGAGGUAGUACACAAACCACCGCCGCUCAGCUCAGAUCAACUUAAUUACCUCAUUUGGAGGUAUCUACAAGAGGCCGGCUACGCAGAAGCCGCUGUGAAACUCCAACGUGAUUGGAAAAUCGACAAUGAACCUGAAAGACUUCCUUUCGCGAAACACAUCAAGGGCCAAGCUCUAAUUUCACUUGUACAGAAGGGACUUCGUUAUCAUCAUCUCUCGCUAACUGUCGAUGAAAAUGGCCAACAUUCCAAGAACUUGGUUCCUUCAAUGUUCUUCUUUGGUCCAGAGAGUGCCGGAGCCGACAAGGCGGCCUCGCAAAAAGAGUCGAUGCUGAAGGCUAGCGACUCUGUACGAGGCGUGUCGCCUGCCAGCACCAUAGCUAAUCCCUCAAAAUUGAAGCCCCGCGAGGCACUCUCGGCCGCCCCAGAGGAAGUUCCACCUCAAGCCGCGAAAAGAGGGCGCAAACCAACUCAGACCCUGACUGCUGAGAAAUCUGGCACCACAUUCCGUAAAGUGUCAGGAAACACAGAGACAGACGUUGUGAAUGGGAAUACUGUGCCACAAAAUGCAACGUCGCCUUUGUCUAUGCCUGAAAACACCGCUGAGCCUCCAGUGACCACUAAUGGACAUCACGACGACAGGAUGGAGAUUGACAACGACGUAGGUGGUCAAGGCACAGACGUGGUGAUGGAGGACCAUGCAGAAGAGCAACCACCACCAUUGAUCCCAACACUGACAAGUGGAGUGAGUGUGGAAGUACAGGUCGCUCCUGCGAAAGUUACGAAUCUCGGUCCGUCGAGCGCCAUCCUAUCCUUGGAUACAGCACAAACGAUUAGUCGAGCAUUAUGGCGGCCAGCAGAAAACCCAACACUGAUAGCGCAAGGAGAUGUGCUUUGUGGGGUCUGGAAUCUCGCCGGUCAAGACCUGCGACCAGACAGUGUCAAACCUCGAGCCAGAACUGUCCUGCCUUUAGACCAAAUUGGCUUUGUGACUGCUGCAUCGUGGGAUUUGAGUGGUUCUCUUCUAGCUGUUGCCACGUAUUCUGAAGAAGAGGGGCAGGUUCACCUUCUCGACGGUGAAGACCUCUCACUGAUAGAAAGCUUACCGGCUUCUCAGAGAGCAAUCACUAUGUUGAGGUGGCAUCCUGUCGGCACUCAGCUGCUCGCCGUAGCACCUGCCGAUGGCGACGCAGAACGAUUCGAUGGUACAGGCGCGUCAACCAUUUUGUCAUGGGAUCUACGCUCAGGCUCGACGGUCACGCCUACCUCAUCCCUUACCUUGCCAUCGACAAUCUACGAUUUGGAUUGUUCUCGAGCUGAGGAUCGCGACAUCUUUGCUGCUGGAGACACGAGUGUCUGGCAAUGUACAAGCUCAACGGAAAUGGCGGUCAAGCAGCGGUGGUCUCAGACAGGUGUGCAUGGAAGCGAGGUCUGGACUUUCCUCAAAGUUGGCCAUCUGCCGUCAGCUGGUCAAACCGUUGUCGCAGUUGCUGGUGACACUGCAGCACUAUGGCUGCCCCAGCACAACAUAUUCAAGGAGACUGCACACAGUGGAUCUGUUACAGGAUUUGAACUUCGAUCGAAACAACAUCCUACGAAUGGCACGUAUGGAGUGCUUGAACUUGCUACAUCAUCCCUGGAUGGCACCAUAAAAGUCUGGCAGGUAUCAGAUGGGGUUCUUGAUCUCACGUGUACGCAACAGCUGCGGUUCGAGCCUACAUCGCCAGUUAUGUCUCUUUCCUACUCACCCGAUGGCUUUUGUCUAGCAGCAGCAAGCUAUAGUUCGGCUCGUAUCUGGAAUGCACAGCACGGCUACAAUCUGAUGGCGGCCUGGGAAGGUACAGACCCCGAAUGGAAGGGAGGCAGCAUCAGGGAUGAUGAUAUUACAAGUGCUGCUGGCCGGUCCAGCAUUAAUGGCGAUGGUCCGCCCAACAGUGCUGAUCAUACCCUGGUGUGGCACGUUGAUAGCAAACGACUCGCAUUUGGCCUUGGAUCACAAGUUUCGGUUAUCAACUUUCAGCGGUAA